GAUAUACGCAAUUUUUCUAGCAAAUACACUAUAGUCAUUCCUAUUGCAAUUCAUAGCUUUUUUAUCAUAUUUUUGUCCUCAAGAAUAAUCAUUCCCACUAAUUAAACAAAUAUUCAAGUGUGCGAAUCCGACAUCCACAUUUUGGCGCCGCCUGUGGGGAUCUAGAAGAUUCUUGAGUUGUCAGAUUUCUCUCAUUUCCGAGAUAAGCAGCAAUGUCUGGAGCAAGCAUCCCUGAUUCGACAGUAGCCGAGGCUCUCAAGACCAUGCAGCAAGCCAUAACAGAAAUGUCGCAGAAGUUCUCGGAUGUGGAAAAAGCUGUGGACACGCUUAAAACAACCCAGGUAUCUCUUGGUCAAAACAUCAAUACUAUUCAAUCUCGUGUUCGUUCUCUAGGUGCAGGAAGUACCGUGGGAGUCCGCAGAAGCAUGUUCAGUACGCCAAACUCCCGUGUGCGAAGUGAGACCAACGAACAAACAACUUCUAACCCAACAAUCCAACCGGAUGUGGAAGAAGAGACGCAGCUCGGAGAUGAAGAUCAGCUUGUAGAUCAGUAUGAUCAAGAGAGCUUCGAUCAGCUCGAAACCAUGAGGAAGGUUAGUCAGGAACUAAAAGAAAUGAAGUCAAAGUUCCACCAGGCCACCAGUUCGGAGCCGGACAUUAACCGAGUCAUCGAGGAAGCUAGGCGAACUCCUUUCAUUCCGCGAAUUGCAAAUUUGAGAAUCAAGGAUUCUCGAAAACUCAAACUGGAUCCGUACAGUGGAUUAGAAGACCCAAAAAGCUAUCUCGCAGCUUUUCUGAUUGCCGCUGGAAGAGUCGAAUUGGAUGAAGCUGAUGAGGAUGCAGGAUACUGCAAACUCUUUUCGGAAAAUCUUUGCGGUCAAGCACUAAUGUGGUUCACUCAGCUGGAACCAGGCUCAAUCAAUAACUUCGACGAAUUGUCGGCUGUUUUCCUGAAACAAUAUUCUAUCCUCAUGGAUAAAAGCGUUUCGGAUGCUGACCUCUGGAAUCUAACACAAGGGCCAAAUGAGUCACUUAGAACUUUCAUCACCAAAUUCAAGGGGGUGCUGUCAAAACUCCCAAGAAUCUCGCAGCAGUCAGCUUUAUCUGCCCUACGAAAAGGCUUAUGGCAUGACUCAAGGUUCAAAGAAGAUCUGAUACUUCACAAACCGGACACAAUUCAAGACGCACUUUUCCGUGCAAAUAACUGGAUGGAAGUAGAAGACGAAAAAGAGAGUUUUGCGAAAAGGAACAAACAAGCAAAACCAGCGGUCACUUUCCCUACCAAAAAGUUUGAGCCCAGAGAGAACCAAGGACCUAAAAAAUUCGGAUCGCAACCCCUCAACAAUACCGUCGGGAAACAAUUUCAAGGAAAAGGAAGGUCGAACACUUGGGUCCGUGACGAAAGUUUGCAUUGUGACAUCCAUAAGGUAACCGGACACUUAACCAAAGAUUGUAGUGUCCUCAAAAAGCACCUCGCAGAGCUAUGGGCCAGUGGAGAUCUUUCUAAUUUCAAGAUAGAAGAUUUCGUGAAAGAAUAUCACGAGGCAAAAGAUAUCCCUAAAGAUCAGAAUUUAAAAAGACCUAGGCAAUCCAACGAAGAAGAACCUAGAAGUUCUAAAGGAAAAAUUAAUGUGAUCAUUGGAGGUUCCAAGCUUUGUCGGGAUACGAUCAAUGCAAUAAAGAAGCAUAGGCGAAAUGUUUUAUUUAAAGCAAAUUUAGGUGAAGAAAUGGACUUUCAAGGUACGUCAAUAUCAUUUGACGAAGAAGAAACAUGUCACCUCGAAAGGCCUCAUGAUGACGCCCUAGUCAUUACCUUAGACGUUGCCAACUUCGAAGUUUCGAGAAUUCUCGUUGAUACGGGUAGUUCGGUCGACUUAAUCUUUUUAGGUACCCUGGAAAGAAUGGGAAUCAGUCGGGCAGAUAUAGUAGGACCGCCGUCUCCUUUGGUGGCAUUCACAAGCGAAUCGGCCAUGUCUCUCGGGACGAUCAAGCUACCAGUUCUUGCUAAAAACGUGUCAAAGAUAGUAGAUUUUGUUGUUUUCGAUAAACCGGCAGCUUACAACAUCAUCCUUGGGACUCCAUGGAUUUAUCAAAUGAAGGCAGUUCCCUCGACGUAUCAUCAAUGCAUCAAAUUUCCAACUCCUAGUGGAGUGGGAACGAUUCGAGGAAGUCAAGAAGCUUCACGAACUGGGCAAAAAGAAGACGAUGUGGUAAUCGAAGUAGUAUUGGAAGAAGAUAAACCAGAUCGGAAAGUCCGAAUUGGAGUCACUUUGACUGGCGAAAUAAAAGAAGCUUUGAUUGAACUUCUAAGGAAAAACAAGACGUCAUUUGCAUGGUCAGCGGCCGAUAUGCCUGGCAUAGAUCCAAGCAUAAUCUGCCACAAAUUGAACGUAGAUCCAAGUUUUAAGCCCGUAAAACAAAAGAGAAGGAAACUCGGAGUAGAGCGAGCAAAGGCAGUAAAUGAUGAAGUGGACAAACUACUAAAGAUAGGAUCUAUAAGGGAAGUACAAUACCCGGAGUGGGUGGCAAACACUGUCGUGGUCAAAAAGAAAAAUGGAAAGGACAGAGUGUGUAUCGAUUUCACCGAUCUCAAUAAGGCAUGUCCGAAAGAUAGUUUUCCGCUCCCGCAUAUAGACCGGCUCGUAGAAUCUACCGCUGGGAAUGAGUUAUUAACUUUCAUGGAUGCUUUCUCGGGUUAUAAUCAAAUAAUGAUGGAUCCAGAAGACCAAGAAAAGACGUCAUUCAUCACAGACAGAGGUACCUACUGUUAUAAAGUAAUGCCUUUUGGUUUAAAAAACGCAGGAGCCACUUAUCAACGAUUGGUCAACAAAAUGUUCCAUGAGCAUCUCGGGAAGACAAUGGAAGUCUACAUAGACGAUAUGUUGGUUAAGUCUUUGAAGAAAGAGGAUCACAUUAAGCAUUUGGAAGAGUGUUUCGAAAUUCUCAACCGAUAUCAAAUGAAGCUGAACCCGGCGAAGUGCACUUUCGGAGUUCCAUCCGGAGAGUUCCUUGGUUAUAUCGUGACAAAAAGAGGAAUCGAAGCUAAUCCAAACCAAAUUAAUGCCUUUCUAAACAUGCCAUCCCCGAAGAACUUCAAGGAAGUACAGCGUCUGACUGGUCGAAUUGCAGCCCUAAACAGAUUUAUUUCAAGAUCAACGGACAAGUCUCUGCCUUUUUAUCAAAUUCUGAAGGGAAAUAAAGGGUUCCUUUGGGAUGAGAAGUGUGAAGAGGCAUUCGGACAACUUAAAGCAUACCUCACUACUCCACCAGUGUUGUCCAAACCCGAAGUGGACGAGAAGCUCUAUUUGUAUGUUUCAGUGUCAAAACAUGCAGUUAGUGGAGUCUUGGUCCGGGAGGACCGCGGGGAGCAAAAACCGAUUUACUACAUAAGUAAGUCAAUGACAGAUCCAGAGACAAGGUACACAAUGAUGGAAAAACUCGCACUUGCAGUAGUAACUUCAGCCCGGAAGCUGCGCCCAUACUUCCAGUCUCAUCCAAUCGAAGUGUUAACCAACCAGCCACUCCGAACAAUACUUCAUAGUCCAAAUCAAUCCGGACGAUUGGCGAAGUGGGCAGUAGAACUAAGUGAAUAUGAUAUAGAAUAUAAAAGCCGGGUCAGCAUGAAGGCUCAGGUUUUGGCAGAUUUCCUAACCGAACUACCAGUGCUGGGCACACCGGAGCAACCAGAGAAUCAGACUUGGAAACUAUAUGUAGACGGAUCUUCAUCAAAACAAGGAUCUGGAGUAGGAAUCAAGUUGGAAUCUCCAACGUCGGAAAUUCUUGAACAAUCAUUCCGGCUAUUGUUUAAUGCUUCUAACAAUGAAGCAGAAUAUGAAGCACUAAUUGCCGGACUUCGACUAGCACAAGGGGUUGGAGCUGAAGAAGUGGUUGCUUAUUGUGAUUCACAGCUGGUAGUUAAUCAGUUCAAUGGCGAUUAUGAAGCGAAAGAUCUAAGAAUGGAAGCAUACCUUGAAGUAGUGAAGGGACUUUCCAAGGACUUCAAGAAAUUCGAACUAAUUCGCAUACCUCGAGGAGAAAACACAACUGCGGAUGCACUUGCCGCAUUAGCGUCAACAUCAGAUCCUGCAUUAAAAAGACAGUUAAAGGACAUUUAUGGAAGGGGCUCAGGAACAGGCUCCCUCAUCGCCGAUGUGGAAUUCGAAGUGGAAGCACCGUUCCCACCCUCAACUUCGGGUUCAUUCGGGACACGUUUCCAAGGAUUGUCAUCAUUUUCCUCGUCUUCCUCUUCACUAUCAACAAGAGCAGCUUCAGUCGGGGCAUUCACCGGUCCCUGAACUUGACCCUUAGCACGGAGGUACAUCCGGAGCAUUCGCGGGAUCUCCGCGAUACAAUCGAAGU